CAACACACAUCGUGAUCAUCCCCAUCCCAUCGGAGACACCUAAGCUUUUCUCUUGAGAGCAACCAUCUUGGUCAACAGGAAGAGCCCAUUCCUUGGGCUCUAUGUAAACUCCCUUCCUCCCCCGACUCCACAUAAGAUCUGAUCUUCGCCUUCUGUCCCUCCAAGACCUAGAAAAAAGUGCCCAUCGAAAUCAACGAGGAUAAGCGUGACGGACCAAUUGACUUGGUAGGCUGGUAAGAAGCUGAAGAUUAGUGAUCUCAAUCAAGCCAUGUCGCUCUUCCAUCAUGGUCUCAAUCAACGAUCUAUUGGGUUCACUCAAAUAAUUCAAGCCUCUUCUCGCUCUCAUCCUAUCUUCACUCUUCAUCUGAUCUCCUCCUCGUCUGCCAAUCCUUCCAAUCCUGCCUCGUCGUCUAAUGUGGUCAAGAAAACUUCCUCUCAAUUUCAAUCCGUCGAUCUGGUAGACUUGGAACGGAUUAAUAGAACUAAAAAUCUUUUCGGGGUCCUCAUCGAUUCAAAGAAGACAUUUUCAUCAACCUCAGCCCGAUUACACUCGCUAGGAACUGUGAUCUUGGCACUUAGUAAUCGACCGUCUUCGUCCUUCUCACAGACUGAUAAGAAAAGCAAGAAGCAGAACCACAUCCUGUAUUGGGAGAGUAAAUUUACUCGACUUCUUAAGGACUGUUCGGGUGGGAGCUCGGAGAGGAUUUUGAUUAGUUGUAUGAUCAGUCAAAACGCGCAACACUUGAACGAAAGUUUCAUGAACACAUUACGAUAUGCGAUCCGGGCGAAGAAGAUUGAGAAAGUGAGUCAGAAGACGACGAAAGUGAUAUCGACGCCUUCGAUUAUUCCGAUGGGGAUGCCGAUGAUGAGCACGAUGAUGAGUCGGGAGGGGAGCAGUAAGAGCAAGCUACAGCCGCUGGGGGGGGGGGCGCGUCGGCUCCAGAACGGCGCUAUGACGAGCAUGUCGUCCAGGACGGUGACCAGUCGAGCCGGCACGUUGGUCAUGCCCACCGGAGCUGGUCGAAGAGAAAUCCAGAAACCGAUGGUGAUGAUCAAGAACGAGUUGAGCAAGAUCAAGGCGCUCCAGGCGAUCGUCUCCAAAGGCGCUUUUUCUCAUUCUUCCACUCCGGCCUCUUUGAACGACGACGACGACGACUCCCUCUGUCCCGCCGUCUAUCUCGCCGAACAGCUCCCUAAGUUCUCCCUCCUCAACCAGAACAGCCAGUCCCACUUCGCCAUCCAACUCCCUUCGGCCGUUGGCGCCUCUUCUGGUCUAUCUAAGCAGCCGACCUCAUCGGCUGUCAUGAUCCAUAGGAACAGUCGGAUCGUCUCGAGCUAUUUGAACUCGUUGACCCACUCGAUUGCCUCUUCCACCUCCACUUCUUCAAACAAUAACAACCCUUCUUCGAUUGUCAUGAGCGCGAAUCCGUCGAGCGAAUCAGAGGGUCAAGGGGGAACAACAACGAUGGUUGACGAUCCGUUCUUGCUCGUCCUGGUCGACCUAAAUGCGUUCUUUGGUAACUCCGUCUCGCCGCCUCCUUCCGCCACUCAUCAUGAUCAUCCUUCUUCUUCUUCUUUUGCUGCUACCGUCGCUUUGCUGUAUUAA